UUCUCUAUAUGAUCGAGAGGUCUCCAUAUCGGGAGCGUUCCAGUCCGAUUCCCCUCUGGGAUCUGACAGAAAUAUGCCACCACGGGGCUCUACCAAGAGGCGCCGGGGCCGGGGCCGGGCGACGGAGGCCGCUGCGGCGGCGGCGGCGGCGGCGGACGCCCUGCUCUCCCUGCCCCCGGAGGUCCUCGACGACAUCCUCAUCCGCGUCGGUAUCCUCGACGCCGUCCGCACUUCGGCGCUCUCCCGCGCCUGGCGGCGCAGGUGGGAGGAGCUCUCGUCCCUCGACCUCUGCUUUUCCCUCUCCGGAGACGACGAGGGCGCGCGGAAGGGGCUGGGGGCAGUCGAUGGCGUCCUCCUCCGCUGCCCCGGCCGCGUCCAGCGCUUCUGCGCGGACCUCGACAACACCUACGCGGGCCGCAUCCACGACUGGCUCCGCGUCAUCUCCGGCCGAGGUGUUGAGAUCCUCAGCCUCACCUUCGGCGACGGCUUCCCCGCCCUCCCCUCUUCCGUCUUCUCCUGUGGCCGGAUCACCUCGCUCAGUCUCUCCGGCUGCUCCAUCCCGCCCCUACCCCCAGGCUUCCUGGGCUUCCCGGAGCUAAGGACACUAGUUCUCACGACCGUUCGGUUACAUGACUCCGGGGAGUACCAACUUGAGCAGAUCAUUGCUACGUCCCCGUUGCUAGAGAAUCUACAACUUGGCGAUGUUCUCUUCAGUGGCGGGCACGUCAAAAAUUGGGUGAUCUGGGCCCCAAAUCUCAGGCAUUUAAUGAUUUGCUCGGAUAACAAUGAUGGCUGGGUCCUUAAGGAGUUGGCAUCCCUGUGUUCAGCCGAAAUCGCUUUCUCGGACUUUGUUCUUCACGGCGAUUUCGUCAAGUUUCUUUCAGGGCUUGUUCAAGUUUCAGAGCUUGUGCUCGCCCCGUUCAAUAUACCGUCAAAUGUUGAGAUGCUGGAGAUACUUCUAUGCACCUUUCACAACUUGAAGAGCUUGACGUUACUUAUGCAUUUCUGUAAACAACCCCCUAUUAUGUUAGCCUUAUGCUUACUGAAGAGUGCCCCAAAUCUUGAGAAACUCAGAAUAGAGAUCUUUGAUGAGAAGGAGCAGAUAUUUGAGGCAAAUGGGGAGUUUCUGAAUGCAUUGUGGACUGAUGGCAUGUGUGCCAACCUUCAGGUUGUGCAGAUGAUUGGUAUUACUUGGCGUCCAAAUGAAAUGUCUUUUAUAGAGCUCAUUCUCUCCAAAGCAAGGCUUCUUCAUACAUUGUCAAUCAGUCACGGUGAGCAAAUUGUGAUGUCUAAUGAGGAUGCUCUAAAUGAAUUACUAAGAUACAAAAGAGCAUCAGCUGAAGCUCAGGUCAUAUUUAAAGGUAAAGCUGAAAAAUAUUAUUAGGCCAGAGACCAAUUUCUGGGCAUUGCGGUGACGUGUGGACUGUGGAGUGAGUUCGCUUUUACAAACCUGUUAUACUGUGUGAUGCAAUAUUUUGGAUGAGAAAUGCAGCAUGCAGAGAAUGUGGUCUCAAGAAACUUCAUUUGUAGACCAAAAGGUUCUUGUUAGUACUGUGACUGUUGUGAGACAUUUGUUGUGUGACCUAAUCUAGACCUCUGCCGCAGGGGCGCUCCAUGACCCUGAUUUGCCAACUUUGUUGUUGUCUUGGUAUGGUAUUCAGUAAUCUCCUUUUCAUGGAAAGGCAUUGCGUAGAUUCAAAAAUUGAAGGAAAAAAAAGAAUUUGAAGCUGCCAGUUGAAAACACCUCCCCACAAAAAAAGUAACAACACAUCUAUUUUAUGUUGAUGUGUUGUAAUGAGAAAACAUGCCAGGUAUGGACCUAAUAAUUGUAGGACUAUAUUCAAUCGGUGGAACAACUUGUUCAUAUGUGCAGGCUCCACACAAUGAAUCUCCAUUUAAAUUACAUGGAGAAGCUAAAAGGUACUAGACCAUCGCCAUUUCUCUUAUGCCCUCCCAUGAACACCACCCAGAUCCACCCACGAUGCCACUCAAAAAGUUCACUGGCACAAGGUCCGCCAUCGCCCGCGACGCGGAGAAGCCGUCGAAGUAGCGGAAGCCCAGGGCGUGGAAGGAUAAGCCGAAAGGCAUGACCAAACUUGUCAGCAAUAAUGUCACCCCACCUAUUGGAGAUGGACGCAUAAGGUAUGCCCAUGCGUGACACAGCCGUCGUUGUCUUCCCUCUAGAGGAGGGUCCAUAUGGCUGAAGUGAAGGGGUAGUCCUUGUAAGAUGAGCGGCCAUUUUCGAAGCAGAUAAGCACAAAUGGAAAACAGGGUCGUGGAGCCAUCGCCAGCAUGUCAGUGCUGGGAGCUUUGCGUGAAAGGCAAGCCAUGCGAAGAUCUUGCAUUUGGGUUCCGCGUGAGCCCACCGGAUCUUCUUAGCAUCGAACUUUGCGAAAACUGCCUAGAAAUUGGACAUGGUAUGCAGAGCCAGUGAAGUAGUCACCCUCCGAGUUGAUCGUCCAAGUGAUGGUGUCUGGCACAUCCAAGGCAAGGUGCGUGGCCGCAACAACUUCCCAAAGUUGCAAAUACUGCGCAAGCUGGUCAAGAGUGGAGAGUCUAGCGAUAGAGCAAAUGCAGUUGCCAUCAAGUAGCUCUCUGGUGACAGUUCUCAUUUUCCUUGUAGCCACCUUGAAGAGAUCUGGAGCCCAAAAUUGGAUGGGCCCACGGUCUGACCAAGUCAGACAAGAAGGAAGUGGAUUCCCCUUUUCCAAUGGUAAUCUUCGUGUCAGCCCAGAAAAGAUCCAUGGCCGCGUCGUUGCAAGGAAGCUUGGAGCCUGCCCAGGUUUGCUGUGGGUCAGUCCAUUGAAGCCAAGGCCAUCAGAGACGAAGGGCGCGGCCAGAGCAUUCAAGGGCCGGCAGAGGAGGAUCUUAGGGCGACCUUCCAAGACGUUCUAAAGAGCCGGCAGCAUCGCGCUCACCGUCGAGCACCGGAGGCAGAGGGAGGCGUAUUUUCCGGCCACUUCCCUGCACCUCGAGCGGCUGUGACCACCCAGCAAUUCUUCGCAUCGGUCACGCCGGCGUCGACGCAACAGGCGGUGGUACGUCCUGGUUGGCGCGGCAGGGGAACGCCAAUAGGGCAGGGUAGGGCAAUGGGCCCGGCCGGCAUCCAGGGCGAAGAGCCAGCGCGGGCGUUGCUCCACGAGCUCGCAGAUUUCGGGAUUGGAGUUCAGGUGCCUAGGUGCUUCUGCUUUUGCCGGCGGCCGGCGGCACCAAGGUCAGGGAGUCAGAGUACAGUCGGCCUUGAUGAUUCUACAAACUCUAUCUUGCUGCCUUAGAUACAACUCUCAGCCCUACCGUUCCUCUCUUACUGCACAACUCAAUUCUGAAUUUUGUAAACAUUUAUAGUUGAAGGUUGUGUCUACAUCUGAAAGGUCAUAAAUUUAUGAAUGUAGACAAUAUUUUAAAAUCCAUGUAUAUGUAUCACUUUUUAAUUUGAUUUGCAAGGUGUGCUUGAGAGAUUUUGGAGACCACUUGCAUGGAAGACCAUGCCAAAUGAAGUUUGGACCUUCAGUAUGCAGAAGAGUGGUGACAAAAACGGAAGAUUGUGAAGCAGACCCAUAACUGGUCAAAUAGAGAAGGAUAAAGAGCUAUUGGUGCUUUCUGAAUGGUUUCAUAUAAAGGGUCGCAAACAUCAUCACAUCACAUACCAGAGCAGCAGUGUUUCUAUUUUUUACAUUUACUGACCUGGAGACGGAUCUGGGUGCUAAAGAAUUAGCACGUGCUAUGGAUCUAAACUGGUUACUGUAUAUUUGGAAUUGCUCCUUCAUUCUACCCUAGGUCUGGAAGGAUUUGAUGAUACCUCUAAAGAACAUGAUCUUUAAAAGGAUCAUGUGAUUGUCAGUCAGAUUUCCUAUGCACAUUGAUACGCUGUGUACAAAGUAUGAGCACUGGAAUCUACUUCUCAGUUGCUAGCAUUCUUUGCGAUAUAUGUUUUUUUCCUUAUUAUGUGCUUGGCACAACUAUUGGCAUUCCAUUUAUUAUUGUUGCUGGUAAAAAGAUGUUGAACUUUAAUGAGUUAUAGAGAUAUGCUAGAUUUAGAAGAAUAAAAAUAGAAGGCAAGUAUUAAGCCUAAUAGUUGGGAACUUACUAAUUACUUUGGGAAGCCCUCAAGAUCGUUAUCAUUAUCUAUAGCUUUGGGGUCAAAUACAGUAUGUGCAUGCUUGGCAUGCGUGUCCAAGCUUUUCUUUUUGCUUGAUUGCCGAUUAGGCAUGUUGUUGGAUGUUUAGUUAUUUUCUGUUAUGAUUUGCGCAGAUUGUGCACACUCGCUUAAAUUACAUUGCUACAAAGCUAUGUCAAGUUAUACUCUUGCCCUGCUCUAGGGGCAUUGGUCUCUCAUUCUCUUACAAUAGAGUUAUAUCCAUUUUUUUCCGGGGGAAGUUUUUAACAUUAUAUUUAUAGUUGUUUUAAAAACCCACCUGAUACUAAGUGCAUGUGCUUUGCUGGAGCUGUGGUUCCCAAAUUAAAUCAUACAUUCAGGCAUUGCCUUCCAAUUUCAUAUCAUGUUCUGUCCAGUUAGUAUCCACUUAUUUUGCGCUUGGUGAAAAUCACAUAGACAAAAGUUGGUUUAUGCACGCUUACUAAUCUUGUAUAUUCAGCAGUUGGUUAGCUCAAGGGAAAUAGCCAAGUAGUUUAGGUUCCCACUUUUAAUUUAUCUAGUGUUCCAGUAUUCCCAAUUGAAUUCAUGUAACGUAAGCAAGUAUGUAUAUGUAGUUUUGCAGCCAAAGAACAAUGAAGAUCAGGUCACAAGAUUAGUGUGGCUUGCAAGAAUAGAAUAAUCAUGUGAGCCUAUUGCAAAAUAGAUCUGGUCAUGCCCCCUAAUUAUCUUUUCUUAUUUCCUUUCGUAUAUCUAUACAAGUAGUGUCAUGUGAAACCCAAUAAUUGAUAGUACCAACUUGAGAAAGAAAUUGGUGCAUGUACAACACAAAUUGGACAAAUAGGUGGCUUGGUGAGCUCCAUUAAGCUAUUUUGAAUAUUAUUUUUCAUGCUCUGGUUGAGUUUUGCAGAUUGAGUUAGAGUUACAGUAUAUCUGUAAACUUGAGAUAUGCAACAUGCAAGUUUUUUCUAAAGGUUCUCCGCGCUUCAUCAAGCUUUUUGUUGUGCUGAUCAAACUCGGAUGCCAUUUGUCUCGGAAUUCCUAUCAAUGUAAGGUGAUGCUUCGGUUUACUAGGAUCUAGGAGUUCAGGAGCCCAAAUCAGGGGAUUCUCUACUCACUUGAUUUUAUCGUCAUUGACCACUAGAGAGGCACAAUGGAAGGUCCAGUCCUGGAAAAAGAGUAGAUCAGUUUAGGGAUCAGCUGUAGGAGGGGUCUAUUUACACCACUAAGAAAUUUGAUUUGUAUGAUCCUAGAAAGAGCUACAGGUCAGUGGAUCAUCCUUUGCGGAUCUGCUUUACUAUGAGGACUACUCUAUCAGAGGUGGUGCCGCCGCCGGAGAAUUUUCCUAUGUAUGCCUAUACUGCUGUCCCCUUUAGCAUGCUGUCAGAUUGCAUUGAUUGGAAUAUACUUAUAUCCGAUUUACAACAGAUGUCGGACGGGCUAACAAAGUCCCCGAUGUUUUGCCUCCUUCUGGUAAUACAAAGAGCCAAAAGAGACAAAUUUAUAUCACGGAUGGCAGCGAGCAUGCUAUUGUUACUUUGUGGGGAGAGAUGCUGAUGGACUAAUGGAGGCAUCAAAUGAAGAACCUGCCAUCGUGUUAUUUGUUGGCAUGACUGUCAGUCCAAGCAUCUGCCAUGGCUCGUCGAAUUACACAGCGGAAACCAAAGUCAUAUGGAGCUGACAGUGUCGACAAUCGCGGAAAUAGCGACAUUCGAACCAAAUUUCGAGCGGUUAAUUCUGGUUCAACGGAUCCUCAUGCCAGCAAAUUCGCAAACUUUAUUUGUUUGGGCCUCGCGGAGAGGUUGUCUUCGGAAAAGAAGCAUUACAUCUUGUGUCCAGUGUCAGGGGACGGCUAAUAGUGUGCCUCAGGAUUUGCUUGCCAUCGUGGGAAGAGUUCAGCGUUAUUGUCGCUCCUAGACGUGAAUCGCUGGAUGCAUUGCACAGCCACUUUGGAGACAGAUUGCUGAUCCGAUUUCCGUUACAGUGUUACUCAACGACAUGACAUGGAGGAUUCAGCCACAAGUCAAGAACCCUAAAUGGAAGAAGGGAUUACACUUCACAGAUGAUGACUAGGAUCUUAGACACACAGGAUAUAAAGGACACAAUAUCUUGGACAUCUUUCUACACACUGCUCUUCUGCAGAUGAAUGCAGAGGGAGCUUUGCUAUUGCCCAGUUUCUGUUGUUCAGGGCCUAUAUGUUUGGACCCUCAGUACACUUCCAUGUUUAUGUAUCUACGUCAACCACCCGUUUAGGCUAUGUGUUUAGGUUGUAUGUUCUGUUUUGCCUCAUAGAUGUUGUUUUUGGCUUGCUAGAAGCCUUCACGAUUUGUCAGUUGCCGAUUCUAAUGUAUUAUAUCUUUACCCGCGCUGCUUAUGUUUUAUAUUGUACAAUUUCCAGGCUUUGUUCUUAUGUUAUGACUAUGAUCAUUUGUUUAUUUUGUUUUGCCACCUAUACACAUGCUAUUUCCUCA